CUUGUGCGCAUGCGAGGGUCAGGGUUGAGAGUCUCCACACAGUUGUGGAAGGAGUGCGGCGGCAGCUAAGCUAACGGCAACCAUCGCAACUAGCUACAUGUGGAGGGUAAAACGGGAGGCAGCCCCGACCCUAACUCUGUCAGAAUUCCUCGUUUGUACCCAAAACAACUGUAAAGUCCGGUCUCGUCGAAAAUAAGGGAUAAUAUCUGUUUACAAUGAAAGGUAGCCGGAUCGAGUUGGGGGAUGUUACACCCCACAACAUUAAGCAGUUGAAGCGCCUGAAUCAGGUCAUCUUCCCUGUCAGCUACAACGACAAGUUUUACAAAGACGUGCUUGAAGUUGGAGAGCUUGCAAAGCUAGCAUACUUCAAUGACAUUGCAGUUGGAGCUGUGUGCUGCAGAGUGGACCACUCUCAGAACCAGAAAAGACUGUACAUCAUGACCCUUGGCUGUUUAGCACCCUACCGUAGACUUGGAAUUGGUACAAAGAUGCUGAAUCAUGUGCUAAACAUCUGUGAAAAGGAUGGCACUUUUGACAACAUUUACCUUCAUGUUCAAAUCAGCAACGAGUCAGCCAUUGACUUUUACCAGAAGUUUGGUUUUGAGAUCAUCGAAACAAAAAAGAAUUACUACAAGAGGAUAGAGCCUGCAGAUGCCCAUGUGUUGCAGAAGAGCCUGCGCAGUCCAUGUGCACCCCCAACCGGAGAGCUUCAGAAGGCAGAAUAAGGACACAUCUUGUGCCCACCACAGAAACAGAACUGUGACAAAUGCCCCAGGGUCAACACAUUCAACACUUUCUUCAAAGGACGCUAAAAAAACAAACAAAAUUUAAAGUACAACAUUUGAUGCAUUUACUUUGCAAAGGGGUCCUGUUUCGUUUUUGCUAAUCUUAUGGCUCCCCCUUUCUCAUUCAGAUGACAAAAAGGUCUGUAUUCAAAGAUGUUCCCAUCGAGAAAGUUGCCAACUUCAGUUUUAGACUUAGUGGAAAGGGAUGUGGUGUUUGCAAUCGUACUUUUGUUGUUUUAGUUGUUUUUUACGCAGUUAUUUACAGGGGACAUAUCUAAACUGUUAAGCAAAAGAGAACUGUUCAUUUAAAGCAGUAAAGUGUGUGGAUGACAUUCACUGACACACAUGCUCCCAGCUUGUCAGUUUGGAGUGAUGCUUUGAGGUGUAACAUGGAACGGUCAACUCUAUUUCCUCACCAGCUCAGUCCUGGAAUUUAUGCAGAAUUAAUCAGAGUAGUAUGUUGAUUUAUCAAGACCAGGGGGAAAAUGUAUCCCCUUGGAACAGUCUCUAGGGAGGCUGAACGGUUGUGAGGUGGUGGAAAGGAGUGGUCACCACUCAUAAUUUCUGCAUAACUUUAUUUUCCAACCUGUUAAUUUAAUUCCCUUUCAGCUGUUUAUUUUUAUUUACAUCAAGAUGGCAAAUGAUUUAGAGGUUCUCCCGGGUUUACAGCUAAGAGUGAUAUCAUUAGGUGAUGAAAGAAACCAACUAAAAUUUGUUACAUCCAUUGUCUCUCAGAGAGCUCUUUGCAAACUUGUGAGGGAUGUCAAAAUAACAGAUUGGCUUUUUGGGUUGGAUUUGGGCAUUAUUUUCAGUCGUAUAAUGAGGGGGUGUGAGGAUACAUGUCUCUGAACACAUGGAUGUGUUUUGAGACAUGAUAACUCAAACUCCUUUGGCACCUUAUGUAGCCACUUUGCAGAGAUGGUUUUCUCAAACUUCCAGCCUCAGGCAGAAUCUGUUGUUGCAAACACCUCCACUUUGGUUUUGAGGCUCUGUUGAUAAUGUGUUUAGUAUGGUGUCUUAAACAAUGUAUUACCCAGAGGAAACUCUGACCCCUCUGCAUGCACGGAGAGUUGUGUCCUCUCCGAUGUAGUAUAAGCAUGUUUUUCUUUCUUUGAAGAAUUUUAUCUUUUCUGGAGCUCUAUAUUGUAAGACUUUUUAACGUCUAAAUAAAGGAUUUACUAUUUGCAGUAAAA